GCCGAAUUUCAGUGGGGCGGCAGGCGAUGGACAAGUGUACAUACAGCAGAAUCGGGAUUGCAAGGGAUGUCAUUCCAAGCUUUUACCCUUCUCAAGUUCUCGUCAGCAACCCUCGAGGUGGAUGGUCGAUCUCAAUGUGGCGUACUCGAGCUCAACAGUGUUAAUGUCCCCAUUGCUGAGGGCGGAAAGGCCAGCGAUGCCCAAUCGAAUCAAGAGUUCUAUCUGGUACUUCGUGUAGGUGUAUAUGAUACACCGAUUGAUCCGUCCAGACCAGUAAAGGUCACUUCGAGACAUGACGGGAGUUCGUAUAUGUUUGGCACCGCAGAUGGCAGGACAGCAAUGUUACUGCUUCCUACCCCUUCGCAGAACGACACGCAGGCUAUCGAGGACCAAGAAACCUUGCACGAAAUUCUCUCACAGUACGCAGAUGUCCAGGAACAGACUCCGAUGCGGGUAGGUCAGGUACAAGUGGGAACAGUGUCCGAUGAAUCUGCCAGAGGUCGCGUGUUCUUCGUAGACGAGGAUACCGGUCGGGUAGUCGGAGAACUUGACCACAAGUUCCACAUAAAGGAGGAUCCUGCGUUGGUCCUUCCUUACGCCGAUAAUGCUCCUGUGGUCAUCGAGAUUAUUGAUGGAGAUGCAGAGGAAGGUUUCGCGCGCGUGGUACCUCCUGAAGAGCGAGAUUGGAUCACCAGCUCGGCGACGUUCGUUAGCCGUGCUAUCUCUGGGACUACGAGACUGAUCUUGACGACAAUUACCUCUGCUUCAGACUACUACAUCGACCGCAGCAAACCUCACUCUCCAGUCCCCUUAGCAAAUGAUGAUUCCAGUCUCGCAUCUCAACGCGUGCUCAUGUUCUUCACUUCUGAGAACACACAGAAGGGAUUGUCAACUGUUCACUCACUCAGUGCUCAAGCUGCGACGGUCAGCAGCGAGACAGUUGGGUUGAUCCAGAGUAUGGUGAAGCGUAUGGUCAGAGGGAAGCAGAAACCCGCGCCAGUUUUAAUACCGGCCCCGCUGGGACCGUCAUCCUCAGGAACCGCCGCGAACUCGUUGAAGCCGCCUCUACCUCCUCGCAUGCCGUCGCCGUCGUCCCCCCGACCACGGUACAGCGGAGAAAGUACCAAACCACCUCUCCCUCCCAGGAAAGACCUUCCGCCAAGAUAUUCGAGGACGCCAUCGCCACAACCACCCGUUCCAGGCAUGUUUACUCCCAAAGAGUCAUCUAAUCCCCCGCCUCUGGGGAUGCCCAAACGUUUGCUACUCUCGGUGGAUAUGAUACUAUCGACGAUGGAUUCUUCCCUCAAGCAGAUUGUUUCCGUCGGUGGGGAUAAUCUCACACGCAUCGUCGAACACCAGUACGGAGCUGAAGCAGCUCGCAGUGCAGGGUUGGUGGCUGGGACUACCAAGAACAUUGUUGCUGUCUACAUCGACAUGAGAGAUGUAGGCAGACGAGCUAUCAUCAAGAUGGUGGGCAGGGAGUACGUUGUGGCAAAGAUGGGAAGUCGGACUGGAUGAGCCUAUUCCAGUUGGUCAUUCCAGUUCUGGAGCGCUGUUUCAAAAGCACAAACCGCACCAGAACCAACACAAGUACUCGUUGUCGUAAUCUUGCCUCUCUUGGACUCUCGUCGCUGUAUUGACAUUUUGGCUGGCGUCCAUGUAAGUUCACUGUAGAAUACUACUGACUUUCAUCGAUUUGGACGAUGUUCUCAAAUUUCCAUCUCAAUCAUGGGUACGACGGUCCUCACCUUGAAACCCGUGACAGAAAUGUAUCGCUCCUUUCAGCUGGAGAAAGUCGCCCUUGUCUCCCCUCGACCAGCGUGAUAAGAAUGGACUGAAACAGACUCUCUACGCGGGUGGGCAAGUCCCUCGGCAUGAAGAAUUUAGAUCAGUGAUAAACGAAUAAUGUGAUGGUGGCAGAUAAUCAGCCUCCGGCGUCUGCACGCUGUGGGAGGCU